CCCCACCCACCAGCCCAUUCUUCCUCCUCCCCUCGACUUGAACAGAGUCGAGCGCCGCCUCUCUCCUCCUCCCGAUCCCCUCCCUCGAUCUCCCUCUUCCCUUCACUAUUUUCGCGGAUCUUUGGGGCAAAUCGAAGAGGCCGGAAUAUGGCGCCACCACCACCACUUGAUGAGGAUGAUGGCUAUGAAGACCCACUUGAGGAAGCCAUCUGUGCUCAAAGAGUGAGGCUGAGCGAACAGGAGGUGUGCAACCUAUGGGACAACUUCCUACCACGUGCUGACUUGAUCGGGGCGCCAUUCGUGACCCGUCUGACAAGUACCAUGAUCGAUCGACAUGACAUGAGCCUAUCUGAGAGUUGUGGCAUCAAGGCUGAUGAAGAAGGCUAUGCUGGAAUACGCCUUACCGCAAGGGGCCCCGUCACUACUUGUGCGUACGGCGUGGACACGGACGGUCGCACACAUUUAAGCAUAGAUGGGUGGAAGAGCUUCCUCGUUGACAAGAAUCUUCAUGUUGGACAGGCCAUCCUUAUUACUAUCAGCAACACCAACCAUCAAGGCUUGAAGAUGAUGAUCGUCAUCGAUAUCAUCUAAACUAUAUAUGCGUGUGGCUGCUGAUGAUCGUCAUGUUUGAUUGCUACCUAUGGAUGAAACCUUUUAUGUGGUCGAUGACCGUUGAACUUGUUAAACUUCUUAUGUUGGCUUCGUGAAACUAUUUCGAUGUGAUCAAACUAUGUUAUUUGGUA